AAAACUCUCACUUCCUCAGACACCGCCGCUCUCCGCACGAUGCCGCGAAGUGUCCGCGUGGCCGUUUGUAACGUAGUGUAGCGACGAGAGGCUAGCUGGCGUGCUAGCUUGAUUUAGCCUCACUGCCUGACAGCCGACGUCCAUAGCCUGUAGCCUACUGGGAACUUCCUCCUGAACAACGUGAGACUUUGGGAAUGUUGUUUUCAUCCUAACUGUAACCCAAGGUACGAGUUAACAGGCGGCCUACUUGGUCUGGUGAGGUAAGGAUAGGUGAAACCAUCAUGACAGACAAAGUCCGUUUGUGUUCAACUUCCCUCGGAGUGGAGGGAAUGACCUGUAGCUCCUGUGUCCAGUCCAUAGAGAAGCGUGUUGGGUCUCUGCCAGGAGUGAUACAUAUAAAGGUGUCUUUGGGGCUAAGGAAUGCCACUGUCAUAUUUGACCACAGCCAACACAGUCCAGAGUCCCUGUCAGAGGCUAUCGAGGACAUGGGCUUUGAAUCAAGUCUGUCAGACUCCAACACAGCCACACCGGUCUCGACAGAUACCCAGCUGAUAUCCACCUCAGGCCUGACACCUGCAGACGAAGAGGAGGCUUUGGAGAAGCUGUCCAAAAUCCAGGGAGUGCUGGAUGUCGGAAAGAGCCAGGUUCAGAUGGGUCUCGUUGUCACCUUUGUCCCCUCCCUCACUUCACCGCUGCACCUGAGCGAGUUGGUGGCCGGCCUGACGGCUAUGGAGAUCCCUGCAACCAGCAGCCCUGUGCAGGAAGGCCCAAACUUGUCCCCAUCUCAAUGCAGGUCAGGAGGGUUGUCACUGCUGAAGUUGUGCAUUGAGGGAAUGACGUGCCACUCCUGCACCAGCACUAUUGAAGGGAAGAUUGGAAAACUGAAAGGGGUUGAAAAGAUCAAAGUUGUUUUAGACUCUCGGGAAGCUACAAUCGUGUACCUGCCUUACCUCAUCACUGUCCAAACCAUCAUCGACCAGAUUGCUGUUGCCGGCUUCAAGGCUUUGGUCAAGUCCAAGCCCCGCCCACUGCAGCUGUCCCCCGGUGAAAUCGAACGUUUUCUUCAUUCUCAAAGACCGACAGCUUCUUCACCGUCGGAGACGUCUGAGGAGACUUCUGAGAUCUUUAUAGACAUAACACUUGUCCUGCUCAGGGUGAAAGGCAUGCACUGCCGCUCCUGUGUGGUCAAUAUUCAGGACAAUAUCGCUAUGCUGCCUGGUGUCACCUCUGUGGAGGUCUCUCUGGAAAAGGAGAAGGCUUCCAUCUGCUACGACCCUCUCAGUAUCACAGUGCCUCAGCUGCAGCAGGCAAUCGAGGCACUGCCUCCCGGACACUUCAAGACCGAACCCUGGGACUCCACUGGCCCUCUUAGUCCUGUAUCCAUAUCGCCCAAGCCUGCCUUAUCACCUUCCUCCCAGCCUCGUUUUACCCAGCCUCUGGCAUCUGUAGUUAAUAUUCACAUUGAGGGCAUGACAUGCAACUCCUGUGUCCAGUCCAUCAAAGGCAUGAUCUCUCAAAGGAAGGGGGUCGUGUCAGCACAGGUCUCGUUAGCUGAUCACCAGGGGAUCUUUGAAUAUGAUUCCCUCUUGACCACACCAGAGGAGCUGAGGGAGGCCAUAGAGGACAUGGGCUUUGACGCCUUCCUACCUGCGACCAAUUCUCUGCUGCCUUCGCCGGAUCUCAGUGUCUCAAAGUCUUCAGGUCUUGCACUUUUGAAAGAUUCAGAGAUGGACAGUGACCCACAAAAAGAAACCCCCCAGGGUCGGAACAGAGACAGCCACUCUAAAUGCUUCAUUCAGAUUGGAGGGAUGACCUGUGCUUCCUGUGUGGCAAACAUCGAGCGAAACCUUAAGAAUGAACCUGGUAUAUACUCUGUUCUGGUCGCACUGAUGGCCAGUAAAGCAGAGGUGCGUUACAACCCCGAAGUCAUGGACCCUGUGAAGAUAGCCGAUUGUGUGAAGGAGCUGGGCUUCACCGCCUCUGUGAUGGAGAACUAUGAAGGUUCAGAUGGAAACCUAGAACUAGUGGUCAGGGGAAUGACAUGUGCAUCUUGUGUUCACAAAAUUGAAUCCCGCCUUAUGAGAGAAAAGGGGAUUAUAUAUGCCUCUGUUGCCUUGGCAACCAACAAAGCACACGUUAAGUACGACUCAGAAAUUAUCGGGCCACGAGACAUCAUCAAGCUGAUCGAGAAUCUUGGGUUUGAAGCAUCUCUUGUGAAGAGGGACCGUACUGCCAGUCACCUGGACCACAGCAAGGAGAUACGACAGUGGAGGAAAUCUUUCCUGGUGAGCUUGAUAUUCUGCGUGCCGGUGAUGGGCAUGAUGAUGUACAUGAUUAUUAUGGACCACCAGAUGAAUGCUUCACAUCAGCACAAUGCAACGGUGGAGGACCGCAACCAUUACCACUCCACCAUGUUCCUGGAGAGACAGCUGCUCCCAGGUCUCUCCAUCAUGAACCUCCUCUCCUUUCUCUUCUGCGUCCCUGUGCAGUUUAUUGGAGGUCGUUACUUCUACAUUCAAGCUUACAAAGCAGUCAAACACCGAUCGGCCAACAUGGACGUGCUUAUCGUUCUAGCUACCUCCAUAGCCUUCACCUACUCGCUGAUCGUCCUAAUAGUGGCCAUGGCGGAGAAGGCCAAAGUCAACCCCAUCACCUUCUUCGACACGCCACCUAUGCUCUUCGUCUUCAUCUCUCUGGGACGCUGGCUGGAACAGAUAGCUAAGAGCAAGACGUCUGAGGCUUUGUCCAAGCUUAUGUCUCUACAAGCCACCGAGGCCACAGUGGUCACUCUCGGUAGUGACAUGUCUGUUCUCAGCCAGGAGCAGGUGGACGUCGAGCUGGUGCAGAGGGGUGACGUGGUGAAAGUCGUCCCCGGAGGGAAGUUUCCAGUCGACGGGAGAGUUAUCGAGGGACACUCGAUGGCUGACGAGUCUCUAAUCACAGGUGAGGCCAUGCCAGUGACGAAGAAGCCCGGGAGCUCUGUGAUCGCCGGUUCCAUUAACCAGAAUGGCUCUCUGCUCAUCAGCGCUACACAUGUUGGCAUGGACACAACGCUGUCACAGAUUGUCAAGCUCGUGGAGGAGGCUCAGACUUCAAAGGCUCCCAUCCAGCAGUAUGCAGAUAAGAUCAGUGGCUACUUUGUGCCCUUCAUUGUUGGUAUAUCUGUCCUCACACUGCUCGCCUGGAUCAUCAUUGGGUUUUUGGACUUCUCUUUAGUGGAGAAGUACUUUCCUGGUUAUGACAAGAGCAUUUCCAGGUCAGAGGCAGUGAUUCGCUUUGCCUUCCAGGCCUCCAUAACCGUGUUGUGCAUCGCCUGUCCCUGUUCCCUUGGAUUGGCGACCCCGACAGCUGUCAUGGUGGGCACAGGAGUUGGAGCCCAAAAUGGCAUUCUGAUAAAGGGAGGAGAGCCUCUUGAGAUGGCGCAUAAGGUACAAAUUGUGGUGUUUGAUAAGACUGGCACCAUCACAUAUGGUGCUCCGAAGGUUAUCCAAGUCAAGAUAGUUGUGGAGGGGAACAAGAUGCCUCGUUCCCGACUGCUGGCCAUCGUGGGUACAGCCGAGAACAACAGUGAACACCCUCUGGGAGCGGCCAUCACCAAGUACUGUAAACAGGAGCUUGGCACAGAGUCUCUUGGCACGUGCACAAACUUCCAGGCGGUGCCAGGCUGUGGCAUCCGAUGUCAGGUCAGAAACACUGAGACGCUGCUGAAACAGGCGGACAGUGACAGCGAAGACAACAACCAGCGGAACAGCAUCCUCGUCCAGAUCAGUGACACCAGGACAACCAGCAGUUCCCAUCCACUCAUCAUGGACCCACAGCCUCUGAGCCUCGUCCCGACAGCCACUUACGUUGUCCUGAUUGGCAACCGAGAGUGGAUGAGGAGGAACUGCCUGCAGAUCAGACCUGAUGUCGAUGAGGCCAUGACAGAGCACGAGCGCAGGGGACGCACUGCUGUUCUAGUAGCUGUAGAUGACCUGCUGUGUGCAAUGAUAGCCAUCGCUGACACAGUGAAACCAGAGGCUGAUCUUGCCGUACACACUCUGACCAACAUGGGUCUGGAAGUUGUGCUGAUGACUGGAGACAACAGCAAGACGGCUCGGGCCAUCGCUGCUCAGGUGGGAAUCAGGAAAGUGUUUGCUGAGGUGCUUCCCUCCCACAAGGUGGCCAAGGUGGAACAGCUGCAGCAGGAAGGCAAGAUAGUGGCCAUGGUGGGAGACGGUGUCAACGACUCACCCGCUCUGGCCAUGGCUGACGUGGGCAUCGCCAUAGGAACGGGGACUGAUGUGGCCAUAGAAGCAGCAGAUGUGGUGUUGAUCAGGAACGACCUCUUGGACGUGGUGGGCAGUAUUGACCUCUCGAAGAAGACUGUCAAGAGGAUCAGGAUCAACUUCAUAUUCGCUCUUGUCUACAACCUAGUUGGCAUUCCUAUCGCUGCUGGCGUUUUCCUUCCCAUUGGUCUGGUGCUACAGCCGUGGAUGGGCUCUGCUGCGAUGGCACUGUCGUCCGUCUCUGUGGUCUUGUCCUCACUUUUACUCAAAUGUUACACUAAACCCACUGCAGAGAUGUUGGAGGCGCGACUGGGUAACAGCAGGCGGCAGGGGAGCCUCUCUGAUGUCAGCAUCCACAUCGGCAUGGGCGAGAUGCGUCGUCCUUCUCCCAAACUCAGCCUGCUCGAUCGCAUCGUCACCUACAGCCGGGCCUCGAUCAACUCCCUGCGCUCCGACAGGCACUCGCUCAACAGCUUGGUUCUCAGCGAGCCCGACAAACACUCUCUGCUGGUGGGGGAGGCAGUGUGUGAGGAGGAGCUUUGCUGAAUACGCAGGCCUCACAUGGGCCCGUGGUGGCUUUUGUGAGUAUAAGAGCAACUGCAUUUGUUCAAUUUGCGAGGCCACGCAGACAGGGUUUUGUUGAGUAGUGGCCCAUCCAUCAGCUGUAGGUGCCUCGGGGCGGCACUGUCGACCUGAAGAGAGCUCAUCUGGCCCUUUUCUUUUCUUUUAGCUCAACAAGCAGAUCACAUGCUGGAGUUGUUUCUCCUCCUUCAGUAGCAGACUAUCUUUUGUUGAGGUAACUGCCCUGGGGCAUGUUUUUUUGCCCAACACAUAGACACUUUGGUCCUCUGACAGUGAGUGUGCAGGGGCACGAAGCCUCGUCAGAGCCUCGGAGCAGGGGUCCACAUCGAGGAAACGGAGCAACGAUCAGCUCUGCAACUGUGGACGUUUGCCAGUACAAUCUUUAACAUCUAUCCAAAGACAUUUAACCGCAGUGCUGCUUGCACGUGGACACUACAGCGUUAUAUUUUAACAAAUUAUCCUUAAAUGGAACCUUAUAAUAACACUGAUGUAUUAUUCUAUUCCAGAGUAUUUAUAUAUUACCCUUAUUUAUCUUAUUUGUCAUUAUAUCCUGCGGUGAACAAUGAAGUUGUUGAAUCUGAAUGCCAAUUUUCAUUUUCAGUCUCCCAUAACGUGUAAUUAUUGAACAAGCUACGUCGUGAAACCUCAAUCUAAGAAAUCUUGUAACCUGCUGCAAACUUCGGUUUGUGCUAAAAGCCUGAUAAGUAAAGUGUGAUUGUGAGUUUGACCCAAGUGCCAAUUCAAAUGCCACCUUGGCAAAAUCUAACACAUUCCAAAGAUAGCACAGUACAGUACAGUACAGUACAGUCGUUACCUUGGACACAAUAUGUACACAGUGUGAACAGAGAUGAGGUCAAAGCGGAAAGAAAGAGCCCACUAUAGACUCUGGUCAUAGAUUUCUAUAGCUAUGUCAACCCUCUGCAUCUUUGGUGAAUUAUACAAGAUGUCUUGUCGGUGAAUGUGAACAAUAUUCAUUGUUAAAUCUGAAGUCACAUUGUUUGUGCUGUGGUUCCUUUAUUUGCCUGCUGCAAACACAAGGUUUGUGUUGUGAAAAGGCUCAAUUGUAAAUGCGGUUGUGUUCUUUUUACAAUCACAGUAAAAUAAGAUGGUUUUACUUGUUUCUGAGAAUUUGGUUCAGUUACGCAUCUUUGUUCAUUUUUGCUGCUUUCUUUUACAUGAGGAUAAUAAUUCAUGCUGUUGUCUGAUCAGAGACACGUCUGAACCCAGAGCAGAAGGAUUAAGCUCCAACUAGACACAACUGUGUCCACCAAAUAAGUUACUGAGAAACAAAUGUCGAUGCAUUAUGUGGUGUUCAUGAAAUCAAAUUGUACAGUUGUAAAAUUGUAGUACAUCUUACAAUUGUCAACAGUGACAGUUCUUUUGUCUCCUGUAAGGUGAUUACAAAGAUUUUUAUUGCGUUACUAUCUUCUGUCUCAAAUCAGGAGUUUAUUCUUUGAUGAUCAAAACCUCUCGCGUUUCUUUCUAGUAGUAAUAGGAGCCACUUUCCCAAGAUGCAUUGUGUUCUGACGGUGCCACAGCCCCUGAGCGUUCUGAUGCCUAUGAGCUGUUUUUGUGCGUUGCUUUGAGUCCGUGGGACUUCAGAUUUGUGUGCAGUUAAAUCAAGUGAGUCCUUUCUAUUGUUCAUCUUGUGCCUUCGAAUAAAACACUUUUGUAACAUC